AUGGAAAUCAAGCCCCUGAAGGCGGAUAUGCCAAAUGACAUGCAGAAUUUUAUUGUUAACCAAGUGGAGGGCCAGCUGAGCCAGUUCGACCAAAAUCCCUCCAUGGAACUCAAUCUGGAGCCCGUCGUGCAACGCUUGGCGGACGCCCUCAAAAAACAGUACCAGGGUGUCUGGCAAGUUGUCGUCAUCAACGGCACCUACUCAGCCUUCUCCGCUUACGUGCCGCAGCGUCUUUACCACGUGAAGGUCGGCCGUUUCGUCGUUCUUGCCUGGCAGUCCUCUUCCUACUGA